AUGUUGCAAAUUCCCCAGUCCCAGUUACACUCAGAGGUGGAGUUGCACCAACGCUCCACUUCUCCUGCAUCGGGGGUCAAGCAGUCUCCAGCCUGGGGUUUCCUCGGUUGUGGCAAAAAGGCAAAAUUUGAUCUCAUGUUCUUCGUCCAUUAUUCAAAAGGAAAAUUACAACAUUUUAAAGAUUUCAUUAAAAAUGUUGUCAGCGAUUUUAAUUUUGAGGAAUUCAACAUGAAAAUUGGGCUUGCAUUCAUACCCCCACAGAAAGGUGGUUUCAACCUCGACAAUAUCAGCAGGGAAGAGAUUCUGAGGAAAAUAGAGUCAGUGGAGCCCAGAGCAACUGACGCACCCAGCGAGACCCCUUUGCCGGUCUUCCUUCGGAGAGCAGAUCAGUACUUUAGAAACAGCAGUGGAGGAAGGCCAGGCGAGAGCGUGCCCCAGAUUGCGGUCUUCCUUACUGAUUAUAUUGGAAAUCAAACGUAUAAGAACUCUGCCAUAAACCUUCAUCUUGCUGGCAUCACGGUGUACACGGUGUAUGUCGGAACAGAAGACUCAUCACAACUGUUUUACGUAGCCUCUUACCCAAGUGAAGAGACGUCUCUGCAAGUCCGCUCCUACCAGGAUCUCAGUUCACUCCCACAAACCCUAAAGGGCAGAAUAUGCUACAAUCUCACUCACAAAGACGAGGACUACUGGAAGCUGAGAAAACUGGUAGAAAAAAGCUGUUCUAAGCACAUGAAAGCAGACAUCUACUUCCUGAUUGAUGGCUCUGAGAGUGUUUCAGAUGAAGAAUUUAAUAAAAUAAAAGUAUUUGUGAAUGACACAGUACAGUUUUUCCCAGUGAGACCCCAGGGUGUCCGCUUUGGAGUUGUGCAGUAUGCAAAUGAAACUAAAUCUGAAAUCGUUUUAGGAGAGUACAGCAAUAGACGUGACUUAAGAUGUCAUAUUCACUACACUACAAGGAUGACAGGUAACACCGAUAUUGGCAAAGGUCUCAGAGACACUUAUACUAGACUUAAAUCCAUGAAGAGGCCAAACACACCCCAAUAUCUUGUGGUAUUGAUGGAUUACACAAAGGAUGGCAACCACGAUGAGAAACAGGGUGUGCCGACAGCGGUCAUGGCCGACCUGCAGGAACAGAAUGUCAUUGUAUACGCCAUCUCGGAUGACAUGGACUUCUUGGAUGAAAUGACAGCUGACCCUGAAGCACAGAAACAUUUGAGCAGCUUUGCAUUUCUAAAGAAUAUUGAGCUUCAACUGGCUCAAAACAUUUGCAAAUCAGCAGCUUUACAAAGCACUGAAGCUGAUGUCAUCCUCUUACUGGCCAGCUCGGGCAUCUCCUCUUACACAUAUGACCAGAUGAAGAGAUUUUUGAAGGCCUUCGUUGACAGCAUUGAUCCAGAGAAAAGCCGCGUUCGCGUUGGUGUGGUGCAGUAUAGCAACACAGUGCGUGAGGAGUUCAGUUUGGCGACAAAGCUAGACAGAAAGGCCUAUCACCAGGCGAUCGAUAACAUGAGGGAGAUGCAAGGCAGUACUCUUACAGGAAAGGCUUUGCGCUCUGUUCUCAAGCUUUUUCGCACUGCAGCGGGCAACCAAGAGAAGGUCCUUGUGGUGAUCGCGGACGAGCCAUCCCAGGACUCCUUGUCUCAGCCCAUUGUAGACCUGCGUGGUUCCGGGAUUGACAUUUAUGCUGUUAGGACAUCAGACACGGACCACAGCCAGCUGAAAGACAUAACUGGAACGGAUAAAAAAAUCUUUUACGUGCACAAUAAUUUUUCCGAUGUAGCGAAUGCUUUGAAGGACAAAAUUCAGCUGGAGUGCUUGAACCAAGAUAUCGCUGACAUCGUAUUUGUGGUGGAUGUGUCAAGCGGCAUUGGGAGUGAGGAGUUCAAGACAAUGAAAAACUUUAUGAUUUCGGUGGUGAACAACUUUGACAUCGGGGAUGACAAUGUGCGCGUCGGGGUCACCUUGUUCGGGGAGAAUGUGCUAGAAGCUUUUGGUUUGUCUUCAUACGGAGAUAUUCGUUCACUGGAGGCAGCUAUAAGAAACCUGAACCCAAGCGGAAUUCGUCGUAAUUCAAGGAGCACAAGUAAAGCAAUCGAGUUUUCCAAAGGCCUGCUUUCAGACUCCCGAGGGGGUCGCCAGCGAAGCAGUAUCCCCCAGUUCCUCAUCACAAUCGUCCACAAAGACACCUCCGACCGAAACAGGCUGCCAGCUGUGUGCGACAACGUCCGCGCUUCCGGAAUCCACACCCUGGCCGUUGGAAUAGUUUACCAAAACGUGGAGGACCUCGGAAUCAUCGGAGGGUCGGACAGCAGAUAUUUCUCUGUAAAUGCAUUUCAAAACCUCAAACAUGUGUCGAGGAGAGUCACUCAAGCAAUCUGCAGCGUGCCAUACUGCAACACGACUCUCGUGGACGUCGUCUUCCUCAUCGACGGCUCCGAAAGCAUAUCUGAGGAAAAUUUCGAGCGGGAGAAAAAUUUUGUUAAAAGCGUCGUGCAGCACUUAAGCGCUUACGAGAGCGUGCGGGUCGGGUUAGCUCAGUUCAGCUCCGACUGCGUCGUCUAUUUCAAACUGCGCUCCUUUUACCCCCGGUCAGAGUUCUACGACGCGAUCGGCGGAAUCGAGCAGGAAUACGCUGGUACGAAGCUACUGAACGCGCUCGUGGUUUCGAGGAGCUUCUUUACUCCAGAUCAGAAACGAGACUCGGUCGUUCCGCGCCUCAUCGUGAUGACCGACGGCAUCGACAAACGGGACCCCCAGGCCGCGAUCGCACAGGCAGCGAAGGACCUGCGCGAUGAGGACGGAGUGGACGUUUUGGUCGUGGCAGUGGGCGACGAAAUCAACGCGCUCACUUUGAAUCGCAUUGCCGGAGAUCCGUCCAACGUGAUCAGAGUGGCAUCGCAUGCGGACCUCGGAGAAAUUGUGCCGAGGGUGGUGCGAGCGGUGUGCGACAGCCCCCAGUGCAAUGUAACACCAUCGCCCCCUCCUCCAUUGCUCCAUGAGUGCCUGCUGGACAUCGCUGUGGGUGUAGAUGUUGGAGGGAUGCCAGGCGAGCUUUUGAUGCUCUACCACCACCAGCUGAGUGAAAACUUCCUGCCAGCUCUUCGGGAGAUUGCCGCUCUCAGGAUGACCGGCUGCGGGUCAAACAUUUCCGUGCGCUUCGGUUUCCACGUGGCCAAUACAGAGCCUCCUUAUGAGACUCCGUUCGAGGCCUUGAGCGACGAUGUUGUGCAAAGACUGCAGAGGAGCGUGAUAGGGCACUCUGCACCUCUAGAUGGACAAUACCUGCUGUCGUUUCUGGAGAUGUUUAGGAAGUACUCUAACAGCACUCACGUGCAGGCCAUACUGAUCUUCACAGAUGGGCUCGAUGCCAGCAUGACUGAACUGAAGGCUGCAUCUGAUUCUCUUAGACAGAACGGAGUGCAGGGUCUCAUCACUGUGGCUCUGGAGGGGACGUCCCAGGAAGCCAUACAGCAGCUGCACACCAUUGAAUUUGGUCCGUUUGGGACGGAGGCAUGUUGCAAGGCCCAGCUGCUUAUCGGGAAUACAGCUGCUGGUGAAUUACAUUCUGCGUUUAUCACCUUCUCAGAAGAACUGUGCUGCAGGUGUUGCGUAUGUGUCGGCCCACCUGGACCCAAAGGGAGACCUGGAACACGUGGCAUGGCGGGAGACAAAGGACAGAAAGGAGCCCUUGGACACACAGGAGAUGAUGGCCCAGUGGGCAGCCCAGGACAUCCUGGAGAGGAUGGCAUACCAGGCUAUAAGGGAUGUGAUGGACCCAGAGGUCAAAAGGGUAACAGAGGUUUCUUGGGAGAUAAGGGUGAGAAUGGAGCUGAUGGAUGGGAUGGUGUACAAGGUUGGCAGGGAGAUGAUGGAACCCAUGGCCCGAAGGGACUGAAAGGUGAUCCUGGCAAUCAGGGAGAAAGAGGACCUCAAGGCCCACAGGGGGAGAUUGGAAAAAAGGGAUUUCCAGGAGACCCAGGCCCACCUGGGUUGGACAACAUUAAUGAGGGAGAAAAGGGGGACAGAGGCUUCCCUGGACCUGAGGGUGAUCCUGGACCAAUUGGGUCAGAUGGAGAAAAUGGUGACCCAGGAAGUAAAGGAAGGAGUGGCCGAAGAGGACACCCUGGAUUUCAGGGUUCUAAAGGAAAUGAUGGUGCAGGUGGUUUGCCAGGCGAGAUUGGACCGAGAGGCAUACAGGGCCCUCGUGGAUUAGCUGGUGAAAAGGGGAACCCCGGAGAGCCUGGUCACAAAGGUCCACAGGGCUCUCACGGAGAUCCAGGCAUCCAGGGAAUCGGGGGCAGUCCAGGAAGACGAGGUGUAAAGGGUCAGCCUGGAAAUACAGGUGACAAAGGACAAAAUGGAGAACAAGGAUUUAGGGGACCCCCAGGUAGCGACGGUUAUGAAGCUUAUGGACUCCCAGGGCCAAAAGGAAUAAAAGGUGCCGUGGGCAACAGUGGUCCAGCGGGAAUUCAGGGUGAGCCUGGGGAAAAAGGACCUGACGGAGACAGGGGACCCAAGGGCAUUCGUGGGGCACUGGGUCUAAUGGGACCAAAGGGUGCAGAUGGAGAGCCUGGUGACCCGGGUUAUAAAGGGCGCAGGGGUCCAAAAGGUGCACGGGGAAGCCAGGAGCACAGCGACUGUGAUCUUUUGGAUUUAGUACGCAAGAACUGCGCAUGCCAGGGCUGCCGUGAGUGUCCGCUAUAUCCACUGGACUUAGUGAUCGCCUAUGACAUGUCAGACGAAGUGCUGAAUUUCCAGCUCAACAUCAUGAAGGACCUUAUUGUGAAAAUCGUGAAUGAAACGCACAUCAGCGAGAGCACUUGUCCGACGGGGGCUCGCGUGGCAGUUGUGUCCUUCUCCGGCAGCGCAAAGAGGAUCAUAGGCUUCACUGACUAUCACACAAAGAAGAAGCUGCUGCAGCUAGUGGAGCACAAAGUUGUGUACGAGAGGGGUGGCGGCCCUCGCAACUUGGGCGAAGCCAUGAGGUAUACCACAAGGCACGUGUUCAAAAGGACCAGAGGCGGAAAGAACAUGAAAAAGAUGGCCAUCUUCCUGACAAGAAUGUCUAUGGGAAGAGGAGACUUUGCAACAAUCUCUGCUCUGGAAGAAAAUGACGUGUUGUUGACAGCAGCAAUGGAGAUGCAUGCCAAUCUCAUUACUCCUGUCAUCGUUACCACAAUCCCACCUGAUCCCGAGCUCUUGAAUGCUUUCUCACACUUUCCCGGGCCACAUGAAAUCAUAAGUGACUUCACCAAUGUAGACCAGAUAUUGGCAAGACUGACAACAUGUUUCUUGUGUUAUGAUCCCUGCCAUCCAGACCAAAGGUGUGCCUCAACACUGCCUUCCCCUGUGCACCUGGACGCUGAUGUCCUCUUCCUCCUGGACAGCUCUCGGGAUGUCAGCAAGGCCGAGUACGAACAAGCGCGCCUCUUCCUCUAUGGCAUGGUGGAUCGGUUUGGAACCCGCGGCAGCUCUUCAGCGCCCAUAACUGGAGCGAGACUCGCCCUUGUCCAGCAAGGGGCCCACAUAGGCAGGGGAGGGGAUCCUGUGCACGUGGAGUUUGACUUCCAGUACAGAGGCACAAAGGAGGACAUGAAAGAGUACAUCAAGCGGUCUAUGCACCAGCUCCGAGGAACCUCCGCCUGGGGCCCAGCUCUGGAGUAUGUCAUGGGAAGCCUGUUUGCUAAGCAGUCCAGGCCUGGAAGCAAAAAGGUCAUUUUCAACCUCCUGGCUGGUGCCAGUGACCCCCAGGAGCAGGGAUUGCUGAAAAAGGUGGCACUGAAGGCCAAAUGCAGUGGAUACAUCCUCUUCACUUUGGCCUUAGGACCAGAGGUGUCGGACAGCGAGAUUGAUGCCCUUUCAUGCCCCCCAGUCAGCACUCACUCCUGUCAGCUUGACAAGCCAGGUGCUUCUGAUGCAGAGUACGCCAUACGCUUCGCAGAGACCUUCUUCAGGCUACUGAUAAAGACGCCUCUUGGCAAUCAAUGUGCGAGUCCUCCUGGUGGCUGCGAAUGGGUUCAAGCUGAGGAAUCAAGGAUCAGCAUCCAGUUGGACAGUCUUCGUGUGCAGGGCGCAGCAGAUCUGAAACAUCUCAGAGAUGAAGCAGUCAUCCCUGUCCGAACAAAGCUCGAGUCUCCUGUGGAGAAAAUUCAGCUGUCCUUGCUGGACACUUAUCAGUCGGACAGCCCUCUCAGAGCGAGCUCAGUUAAGGCUCAGUUAGCUCAUCCUCAAGACUAUGCUCAUCGAUCUGGCUUUGAUGGUGUAGAGAACAUUACCCUAAAAAGAACUGCUGCCGAAACGCUCGACAGUGUCCAGGAGAAACCAGAAAAAUAUGAGAAGCCGAGAGCUGGUGGGCAUUUCUCACAGAGUAUUUCAGCUGACGUCAAGGGUAAACUGCUCUCAGGAACUUUAGUGCGCUGCCUGCAGAGCAAGGACUACGGUAGAGUAUGCAGCGAGUCCCAGGGUGUUCGCUGGUACUUCAACAAGCAGACAAAGCACUGUGCCGUAUUCUGGUACCGUGGAUGUGGUGGCAACGGGAACCGGUUUGGAAGCCAGGCAGCCUGCCGGCAACACUGCGCAACUCAGGGGGCCCCCUGAAUGCUUCCACAACCACUUGUGUUAAUUGGACCCCAUCGCAGAUGAUCAGCACAAACAGAUCCCAUCAGCGUCGGACAGAGUGCUCAACAGGGGGUCAAAAGUCCCCAUGGUGUAGAACAUAUAGCGUGUGUUACAGCUUUGCUGGCCUUCCCGUUU